GGAUAUUUCCUUUCCUUUUUUAGACACAUUGUUGUGUUUUAACAAACGGGUGUGGGCGCAGUUUAAAGGAGGAGGUCUGAGCCUUUGCUCCGAAUGGGUUAAACAGCAAAGGCUUACUUUUUACGCAACGCCGAAGACAAGGAAACUCACAGGCCAGUUUAAAUAGGACCGAUCACUGCAGGGAUACACAAGUAAAACUGAAUAAAACUGAACUUAAUAAUGAUUAUUAUUAUGUUUAUUAUGAACUACCUUCAUAGAUAUUUUAUAUCAUGUGUCAUGUUUAUAUAAGUGCAAAUUCAUAGUAUCCACCACAUCUUUACUGCCUUAGUAGGACUAACAUUACUCAGCAUCGCAUGUAGCGCACUCAUAACAUCAUCGAUCCUUGUUUGAUCUGCCCUUAAUCUGCCGGGCUAAUAAGAAUAAUGUAAAGCCUCUUAGCAGUGCCUAAUGAUAAGUUUUGCGUGAAGCCUCUAAGCCUUAUAAGAAUUCAAUUGCAGUGACUCCUCGACGUAAUCUUUCUCUGGAGACACGCACAGUGAUUCACUGAAGUGAGUCUUCGACCUGCUCCUUGUGUGGCUCAGGCUGUCUGUGCUGCAGUUUGUGACAGAUAUGUUCCCUUGACCUAAAGUUCACAUCUUGACGAAGGCUUUCCUGCGAGUUGCUCACCUCAUAUGACAAUGGCUUCCAAUAUAAUUGUGGAGCAGCAGUUUUCUCACAAAUUCACAGUGACUGUAGUUCGAGCUCAGAACGUCACCAAGGGAGCGCUGGGCGACCUGCUGGACACUCCAGACCCGUAUGUGGAGAUUUUCAUCCCGACGGCUCCUGAAAGCAGAAGGAGGACCAAGCACAUAGACAACGACAUCAAUCCAAAAUGGAACGAGACCUUUCAUUUCAUAUUAGACCCCAACCAGCACAACGUUCUGGAGUUAACAUUAAUGGAUGCCAACUACGUGAUGGAUGAGACGCUUGGGACAGCAUCCUUUGAAAUCUCCAAACUCAAUGUGGGCCAGACAAAGACGGAGGUGUUCCUCAUUGGCAAAGCAACCAAAGUGCACUUAGAGAUGUCACUGGAGAUCUGUACAAACCUGGACCUGCGGUUCAGCCACACCCUUUGUGACAAGGAGAAGCAAUUUAGAGAAGCCCGUCGAGAAAAGGUGAUGCUCGGCAUCAAGAAGCUGCUACGCACUGAGGAUCCUUGUCACCCAGAAGAGGUGCCAGUGAUAGCCAUAGCCGGGUCAGGAGGCGGUUUCCGCGCCAUGGUGGGGUUUUCGGGCGUUAUGAAGGCCCUGUUUGAGUCCGGGGUCCUCGACUGUACCACAUAUAUUGCUGGCCUCUCUGGAUCCACAUGGUACAUGUCAACUCUCUACUCCAACCCUGACUUUCCAAAUAAGGGCCCGAAGGACAUCAACAGUGAGUUGAUGAAGAGAGUUAGCAGUAACCCACUUAGGCUGUUGAUGCCCCAGCACAUCACCCACUAUAUCCAGGCCCUGUGGACCAAAAAGGCCUCAGGACAGCCGGUUACUUUUGCAGAUAUCUUUGGUAUGCUCAUAGGAGAGACACUUAUACCCUCGAGAAUGGGCAUCAAGCUAAGCGACAUCCAGGAGAAAAUAAACCAAGCCCAGUGUCCGCUUCCUCUUUUCACAUGUCUGCAUGUCAAACCGGAUGUUUCUGAGCUCAUGUUUGCAGACUGGGUGGAGUUUAGCCCGUAUGAAAUUGGGAUGGCAAAGUAUGGCACCUUCAUGACCCCUGACCUAUUUGGAAGCAAGUUCUUCAUGGGAACUGUUGUGAAGAAGUACGAGGAAAACCCUCUUCAUUUUCUGAUGGGUGUGUGGGGAAGUGCCUUCUCAAUUCUGUUCAACAGAGUGCUAGGGGUCAAGGACAGAGCUGGUGGCAGCACCAUGGAGGAGGAGUUAGAGCAGAUCAAACCACAGCACAUCGUUGGAGAAGACACCCUGGACGACGACGAGCCACGCAAAGGUGGGACAGAAAACCAGGAGGCAGAGGAGGAGUUUCAUCGCACCGCUCAGGCCAGCUGGGUUCAGCGUAUGUUCACGUCAGUCUUGGGCGACUCUGCUUUGUUCAACACAAGGGAGGGUCGUGCUGGAAAGGUGCAUAACUUCAUGUUGGGCCUGAACCUGAACACCAACAUGCCAUUCUCUCCAUUACUUGAGAUAACACACGCUAUGACACCUGAAGAGGAGGUGGAUGCUGUCACAGAUCCCGAUGAGUUCGAUCGAAUCUACGAGCCUCUGGAUGUGAAGAGCAAGAAGAUCCACGUAGUGGACAGCGGCCUGACCUACAACCUUCCCUACCCCCUUAUCCUGCGCUCGCAGCGCGGCGUCGACCUCAUCAUCUCCUUUGACUUUUCAGCUCGACCGAGUGACUCAAGCCCUCCGUUCAAGGAGCUUCUCCUCGCUGAGAAAUGGGCUAGAAUGAACAAGCUGCCAUUCCCCAAGAUCGACCCCAAAGUCUUUGACCGUGAAGGUCUGAAGGAAUGCUACGUCUUCAAACCAAAGAGCGGUGAAAAGAACUGCCCGACGGUCAUCCACUUUGUCCUCGUCAACAUCAACUUCAGGAAAUUCAAAGCGCCUGGCGUUCCCAGGGAGACUGAGAAGGAGAAGGAGCUGGCCGAUUUUGACAUUUUUGACGACACCGAGACACCGUACUCCACCUUCAACUUCCAAUACUCCAACGAAGCUUUCAUCCAGCUUCAUGACCUGAUGGAGUUCAACACUCUCAACAACCUGGAGGUUAUUAAAGAAGCCAUCAAGGACUGCAUCGCGUCUCGUAAGGACAAUCCCUCGAGCGUCUCUCGUCCUUUCGCCCUCAGUGAGAUCCCAAAAAAGAAGAUUCUCAAACGAGAUCAUCAAGGAAAGCCUGUGAAUCACCUUGGGAAUAAUAGCCAGUAGCUUCGGUCUAAGACUUCAGGGCUUUUGGGGGAUUAUGUUUUCACCUUAGAACGAAGCAUUUUCUUUUUGGAAAAUGCUCUCAUGCUGAUCUUUUCUUUGUGUAAUAGAGAUGCUUUUGUUUUGCUCUGGGUUUGAUAUGGUUUCUGAUAAAGGGCUACUGCAAGGAAGCUGGAUGUUACAUGAUAUGAUAUUAUUUCAUUCAUAUACAGCUUUCACCUGGGCUUACGUGCACUAUAGUGACUGCUGGCCACAAACAGCUGAUAGGUGCUUUCCCUGCAGGCUGUGAGAGACAGACUAGAAAAUGAACCAAACAGUGCAAUGUGAGUGAAUUGGUUCCAUAUCCACUGAGCAACCCAAACUACAAUUUUGUUUAUUGUGUCUGUUUUAAACUCACAUGCUCAUUCACUUCACUUCACUUACAUUUUCUUGCAACAUUCCCAAAUGUCGGUGAGGAGACUGCAUUUGGAUCUCAGAGCUGUGUGUGGACGUUUCUAAACACUGAGCUGUGUGAACGGACACACCGCAGGAAGCCGUUCCUGCACUGCGUCUUUUUGUGAGCUGAGCUCUUUCCACACUGAACGUGUGACAACAGAGCAUGCAAAUCACCUCUUUUUUUUUUAUUACCGGAUGGCUUGUCUAAACAUGCAAGCUUGUUUGAAAACAUGGAUGGGGAUAUUAUCGGUAACCAUUGGUUUUGUUUGAUGGCAACUUCUAAACACUCCAAGUGCACCCCCCUCUGGAUACCUCAAACAUCCCAGUGAUGUUUACCCACCUACAGCGUAGGAGCACUCCCUGCUCCCCUCUAGGGAGUGCCUCAUAUUAAAGCCACUUUGGAAAAACAAAACUGGAUGCCAUGGAAACGGCCCUGCUCCUUCUCUCAUCCGGUUCUGUGUCCUGACUCCAUGGUUUCAGGGUGCUUUUUCUUUUUAAACACAGUGUUUGUCCCCCUGCCUCCCAACAAACCCAGCUUGCUGCCGGAUCUUUUCAACAGUGAGCUGCAGCUUAGGUCAAAGUGAGGGCGCGAUCACGAGACCUGCCCACAGCUGAAAGGUGUUCCCUAGUGGCAGCACACAGUGGAAUUUUACACACUACACCUACACCUGCAGCAGUGGAGGCCUGAAAUCAGACACACUACACCUACACCUGCAGGGGCCCAGAGGCUGCACGCGGAGCAGGGGAAUUUUACACCGGACACUUCCGGCCCUCACGCUCUUACGUUUCAGCCGAGGUUGUUGGAAAGAAACCGAGAAAACAAAACAGAGUCGUUUGCAGUUUUGCUGCAAGAUGAAACCACGAAACUUUUGCAACAUGCUUUUUUUAUUUUUAGCUGAUUUCUAUCAGGUGUUUUUUUCCUGUUUGUUUGUGUAGUUGCAUUUUUUUAAUAGCUGUAAGCAUUUCCUCAUUUCUGUUGUUCUUUUAGAAAAAAUGGUUUUGGAUAGCAGCAGUUUUUUACUUUCUCUUGUUGAAUCAGAUGAGAAGAUUGACAGCAUUAUAUUUAUGUACUGUAAAGGCUUAUAAGUGAAUAAUUAGCAGUCAGGUACAACACAGCACAAAGACAGAAAAUGGGCUAAAAAGUUACUUAACUGUUGAGCUUUUAGUAAUCGCUGGACGGCUUUUCUUGCCUCAGCACAGAGUCCAUUGACCUGGCAGUGCGUCACAUCAAGGCUAAAUCUGGUUCUGGUGAUCCCUACUGUAGGAGAAACUAUUGCAAAGUGUGUGUCUGUCUGUGGACACUUUGUCAUUGUGUUACCUUCACAGCUAUGAUUUAGUCCCAACACUUGAAUGAAAAUGAAGGCCAACUUCUAAAAGUGGGUUUGGUCUAACUCAUUUACAUCAUUUCAUUUAUUCAGUAGUCCAGAAAUAACUACUGAACUGCUGAGCCAGGGGACUGUGGAUACUACCACCAUCAUUGUUGUGUCUCUACCAACUCCUGGGAGACAUUUCUGGCUGCUAAAUGUUCUCUGCGUGUGUUAAAAAGCAUGUUCCUCUUGGCGCUUAUCACUCUGCUGUUCCUGUUUUUAAUGGGUGCUUAUCUCUUGUUGUUGUUGCUAAAAAAGAGCUACUUGGUAAGAGCAGAGAUGAUUGCAAAGUGAGCUGUGAGAGUGAGCCACAAGAUAAGAGUUGUUUGUUCGAAAGCCUUACAUAAAACUUGUUUAGAGGUUUGGGGUUUUUUUGCAGAUUAAUGUCAAAUUAAUUUAAGCGAAGCUAACCUGCUGCUGGCUAUAACCAUAGGGUGAAUGCGGUGUCAUUGUAUCAGGGCUACUUUUAAGAAAGUGAGUGAUUGUGUUUCCCCAUAAAUGUUAAAAUAGCAUCGACUAUCUUAUGAAGACAUCCUGUCGAGUUCUGCCAUUAACCUUUUCAUAUUUUACAUAUUGUUUUACUUUAACUUUGAUUAUUUCUUCCCCCCCUCUCAUAUUUUACUAUAUAUAUUCGGCCACCUAUGACCAUGUUUACAUGUUACAAGAUCCUAAAUGGUCAGCUGUAGUGUAUAAAACAUUUCUGUAUUAUGACUGGCAAAACAUAACAUACAUAAUGUUUAUGUGCAUUGUUAAAUGAGAUUAAUAAAAGAGAAUUUAUCUCAUGUGUAAUCUUUUCUGUUUAAAUAGUUGAGACUCUUUCCUCAUCCGUGAGCCCCCUCCUGAAAAAACACAGCAGCUGAGGUCAAAGUUCAAGGUUCAGGUUCAACCAUGACCUGCUUUAGUUUGGCUUGUAUUUAAAAAGAACUGCGUCAGAGUAUUAAUGUGUGUGGAUGUCGGAGGCAAAUUGAAAAUGGGUUCAGCAGUUUAUUAAAUUGAAAUACAGUAUUUGAUAUGACCGCCUUAUUCUUCAACACAGACGGAAUUCUCUGAGGUAGAUGACUUGUCAUUUCUUUGAGUAGUCUUCAGGAAUAUUUGAAGGAUGUUCAGAGCUCUUCUUUGGAUGUUGGCUGUCUUUUUUCCUCUGUCAACAUGAUCCCACACAGCGUCAUUAACUUCAGCUUCGGAUACAACGUGUUUUCACCCCCAAAGCAUCGAUAUAUUACGCUUCCGGGCACCCAACACGUCACUAGAUUACGAGAUUGAAAAAAUGAGGAAACAUGACAACCGUUUGAAAUGAAUCUAUACAUGUACAUUCAUUUUCCUUAAAUCGCUUGGAAAACACUAUGUAACGUCAUUAAAGUGCUGGUUGAGGUGAGGGUUAGGGCUGGAAUACAUGGCUGGAAUCUGUGUUACCGCAGGAGCAUCAUUCUACUGGAUUUCAUCCAUAACCCGGCGCGGAGCAUAAGAAUGGGGACGGUCACCUUUUGUGUUCCUCGGGAACGCCAGAGGACUUGACAAAUCGUCAGUAUAUUACGCCUCGGGAAUGAGAACGGGCUGCGCUCCUCUGAAAGUGGUCAUAUACAAAGAGUGUAAUGAAAAUGUGUAGCUAUUAUACCACCAUAUUGAUACCUGAAAAAUCAGCUUGUAUUGACUGGCAUCACAAGAAACCCCAAAUCCUAACGAAACAGACCGUUUUCAGCAGUAUAGAGCAUUUUAACUGUGACAUGUUAAACAAACCAAAAGGAAUGCAUUUGUAUUAUUUUCCAUAUAAAGAAGUAACUGGAGGGUGUGCUUCAACUAUUGGGCGAUUGCACCAUGCCAGUUCAUUGUCCAUCCACUAGCCAGACUUUGGAUGUAGGACCAACAUUGUGGUUUUUGUCCUGGUCGUGGAACAGUGGACCUGCUCUUUGUCCUCUAAAGGAUAUUUGAUAGUGUGUGUGGGUUCGCCCAUCCAGUCGGUUCUUCAACCUCAUGAUCGAUGCAAUUAUGCGCAGGACCUUCAACGGCCGCCGCCGUGGAAUCGAGUUCGCCGAUGACCAAUCUUCAACUGACUUGAUGUUCACGCAUGACAAGGCUACAGACAUCCUAUGUGACGUUGCCCAACAUGCUCAACCAUAUGGCCUCAAGAUCAGUGCUGAGAAGACAGAAGUCCUUACUACUGGUGGAUCGCCAGCCACCGUGUAUCUUGAAGGCAUGUAAAUCUAACAAUUCAAAUACCUUGGCUCUCUGGUGCAGGAAAAGAAAGUGGAUUCAACAGCUGUCAGGCCUACCUCCAUUGGUGCAUCUGGAAGAAGACAAACGUCACCCUCAUCAUCAAAAUCCACCUGUCCCACAUACUAGUAUUGCCCAUUCUUCUCUAUGGAUCUUUGACCCGGGUCAUCCUCAAACAUGACCUCAACAAGCUCGAGGUCUUCCAAAUGCACUGUUUGCAUCAGAUUUUCCCAGUGUCCCUUCGUGACCAUCUCGGCAACAGCGCGAAACGUGGUCAGUGUAAUCAGCAGGCCUCGAUGGAAGAGCUUAUCCAGAAGCGACGACUGCAAUGGUUUGGCUGAGUGUAAAAGUGAAGCUGUUGAUUUAUCGUCAAUCUGCAUUCCUAUCUUCACCUGUGGUCAAGAGCUCUGAUUAGUGAGUUUCCUAAUGACUGGGCUGUCCAUUAGAGAUUGGGAGAGCUUGGUCAUUAGAGACGGAUUCCUAGUAGAACCGCUGCAAUUGGCAUGAGCAGUUACUGAUGUCAAAUGCUGAUUGGGAUGCAUCCUGAGAGGUUCCAUGUCUCAGCUGGCUUGGGAACAACUUGGUUUCUCCUUCAGACAAGCUGCAAGAGGUUUCCGGGGUGAGGGAAGUCUGGUCUCCUCUGCUCAGACUGCUGCCCCAUACCCGAACUCACAUAAGUGACAGAAAACAAAUGGAUGGAUAAAGAUCAGUUAGUGCUCACACACCCUUUGAAAAACUGGAGCCAGCGUUCUAACUUCUGAGAACAGAUAAUACAAUCUGUGUUAUUUCUACAAGCCCAAAUCAGAUAGGAUUGUCUUGAUUUGGGCUUGGAGAUUACACAUCUGAAAUAAAAAAAAAAGGUACAAAAAAGGCUCGUGAAUUUUAAAAACUGCAGAUGCUUACGUAGUCUCUUACAUCACAGAAAACAAUGUCCCACUUUUUAAAUCAGUUUUUUGUAAUAAUUUAUCUGUAAGAACCAUUUUUGACUCCUUGGUAAGUACUGUAGUUUAUAAAAUGCAAUGACAUCUCUACAUGUCUGCUUUGUUUAUAGUUACCUAACAGUAUGUGAGAUUAAUCAUUUUCGGUGGAGGUAAAUAGACCAGUGGCCAGUCCCAGACUUCCUUGAUCGCUCACGACUUCCUUUUACUAAAGAAAUCGUCUAUGUGAAAGAAUUACCUAAUGCAAUGGGAAUUUUUGGUUCCAGGAAGAGGGGAAUACACACCGAUGCAGCGAUUUCCUUUAAAUCUCAGUUUUUCAGUCAGAGAGGACUGUUUUGAUUUGAAAAUGUGAUUUGAGGACCCGUACCAAAUAUCGAAUGAUGUUAACCAAUAAAUGUCAAAGUAGUGAUGUUACAAAACGUGACAAAACGAUUCCCUUUGACCUGCAUGAUAAAGAAAACCACACAGAUCCUCUAAAACUUGGAGACCUGCUCCAACAAAGCCCCCGCUAAAUUAUUACAUUCCCCAAUUAAAUCAUCAUCCAAAAGCAAUAUUCCCCUUGUGUGAGAGUACUAAUUAAGUGCUUAGGAUAGUUUGCUAUUCUGUUAGUCCUUUCCUCUGGCACGGAAGCACCUGGCCAGAUUCCCAACAGAUUUGCCCAGAGUCUAAAAGCUCUGUAUCGGCAUCUUUUCAGAGAACGUUUCAAGUUUCACCUCUUCCUUAGAGCCUGCACAGCACAAAAGGGACUCCAUGUGGAACUUUUUCACAGGUUUGUUAAUUGGCAGAUGAACAGAAAUGCCCUCUGUGAGGCUGUAUCCUCACCCUCGCCUCUGUCAGUGCG